UAUGGUUUGUAUGUGAUACAUGUACCCUACAUUUUUCUUUGUCACCUUCCAAACUCAUAUAUAUAACCCUUUUUUUUUUUUAUCGUUUCUUCAUUACAUUCUUUUUCUUUCUUUUACGUUAAGAUAUAGAGAGCUUUUCCUCUAACUGGUUUCUCUGCAUGCACUCUGGUGGAUAGACUUGGAACCGAAGGAAGAAUAACUUCACAGCGAAGAUGGAGAUAACCAAUGUCACUGAGUAUGACGCAAUUGCAAAGCAAAAGUUGCCAAAGAUGGUGUACGACUACUAUGCAUCUGGUGCAGAGGACCAGUGGACUUUGCAGGAGAACCGGAAUGCAUUCUCAAGGAUCCUGUUUCGUCCUCGCAUUCUUAUUGAUGUAAGCAAGAUAGACAUGACUACCACUGUUUUGGGCUUCAAGAUAUCAAUGCCCAUUAUGAUUGCCCCAACAGCCAUGCAGAAAAUGGCUCAUCCUGAAGGGGAGUAUGCAACAGCCAGGGCUGCAUCAGCAGCUGGAACAAUUAUGACAUUAUCCUCAUGGGCCACUUCUAGUGUCGAGGAGGUUGCUUCAACAGGACCUGGCAUUAGGUUUUUCCAACUCUAUGUAUACAAGGACAGGCAUGUAGUUGCCCAGCUGGUGAGAAGAGCUGAAAGGGCUGGUUUCAAGGCAAUUGCUCUUACAGUUGAUACUCCAAGGCUCGGUCGCAGAGAAGCUGACAUCAAGAACAGAUUUACUUUACCACCAUUUUUGGCAUUGAAGAACUUUGAAGGUUUGGACCUUGGGAAGAUGGAUAGAGCUGAUGACUCAGGACUUGCUUCAUAUGUUGCCGGACAAAUUGAUCGUACCCUUAGCUGGAAGGAUGUGAAAUGGCUUCAGACAAUUACCAAAUUGCCAAUUCUUGUGAAGGGUGUACUCACUGCUGAAGACACAAGGAUAGCAAUACAGUCUGGAGCAGCUGGUAUCAUUGUCUCCAACCAUGGUGCUCGCCAGCUUGAUUAUGUUCCUGCCACUAUCAUGGCCCUCGAAGAGGUCGUCAAAGCUGCACAAGGCCGGGUCCCUGUCUUCUUGGAUGGUGGUGUUAGGCGUGGAACAGAUGUUUUCAAAGCUUUAGCACUGGGAGCCUCUGGUAUAUUUAUUGGACGACCUGUGGUGUUCUCAUUGGCUGCUGAAGGAGAAGCUGGUGUGAGGAAAGUACUUUCAAUGCUGCGUGAGGAGUUCGAACUAACCAUGGCGCUGAGUGGUUGUCGUUCACUCAAAGAAAUCACCCGUGAGCACAUUGUGACAGAAUGGGACAAGCCUCACCCUCGUCCGCUCCCCAGGUUAUAGAUGCAUGGCUCAGAGUAUUAGCGUCUGCAUUGCAUUGUGGCCAAAAAUUAAUGAUAAGAUAGAUUGGCUAAUUUUACUUGGUCUUCAACAGACUGCCUUUUCUUUGAAACACAUUUCUGUUUCAAUGAGUUAAAACUUUUGUAAUGAUGAUCAUGGCUACUGCUGCCUUCACUGUAUAUUCUUUCGUCAAACAAUUAAUAUAUAGUUUUGUGCUUGAGAACA